ACAUCAUCACACAACUUCGAGAAUGCCAUUCCCUUGGGUUCUUCUAGAAUCUAGAUAGAGACCAGCGAAUCAUUGGCAAGUGAGUGAUGAGGAGGAAGCAGACUCAAGGCUUCAGUUUAAUUGCUGUGUCAGAGCAUUAAUCUGAGGCAAGGACAAUACAUAGAUUAUAUAUUUGGGUUUUUUUUUUUUUUUUUUUUUUCCUGAUUUGAGAGGUCACACUAGAAUUUGCCAGUUAGUGCAUGCUUGUUUACAGAGCACUUACCCACUUCUUGUUUCCAGAGAGAGAGCCAAGUGGAGAGAGGAGAAGGAUAACACCUCCAAAAAUAUAUUCCAUCUAGAAUCCAAACAACUUUAGCUGAAAGUGAAAACUGAGCUCAAAACCCACCACUGAUUUACAAACCAAGAAACAGAAGAAGACCAUCCUAUCUCUGCCUGACCCCUCUUAAGUCAUAUUAUAUUCUGCAAGCUCAAAUUCCAAGCUUUCAACCACCCCUCCUUUGUUCUCUAUAUUUGUUUUUCCAAUUGUCUACAUUGGUUGGUCCUGGAAGAUCAAAUCUUUAGUAUCUUUUUUUCUCAAUUUGCUUGGCUUUCUUGGACUUUGUUGAACUGGGGAGGGUCGAAUCCGGUCUUGUUUUAUUUUUGCUUCAACUUGCUUGGGGAAAUGAGUCUUGUAUAAUUCUUAAAACAACCCACAAUGGAUCCGGAGGGUGUGAGCCGUACCCGUCCAAAUAAGAAGGAUUCAUGGAAGACACUGCUGACUUUGGCUUAUCAGAGCUUGGGAGUUGUCUAUGGAGAUUUGAGCACUUCACCUCUAUAUGUUUACAAGAGCACUUUUGCAGAGGACAUUCACCAUUCAGAGACUAAUGAGGAGAUUUAUGGUGUUCUGUCCUUUGUGUUCUGGACACUCACACUGAUUCCUCUAGUGAAAUAUGUGUUUAUUGUGCUUAGAGCUGAUGACAAUGGCGAAGGUGGCACUUUUGCUCUGUAUUCAUUGCUCUCUCGGCAUGCCCGAGUCAGCUCCUUACCAAAUUGCCAGCUUGCAGAUGAGGAGCUAUCAGAGUACCACAAAGAUGGGAUCGUUGCAAGCAGUGACAACUCUUUUGGGUCGAGAUUGAAAUCGACAUUGGAGAAGCACAGAGUGCUGCAGAAGGUGUUGCUUGUUCUGGCCUUGAUUGGGACUUGCAUGGUUAUUGGUGAUGGCGUGCUUACACCAGCAAUUUCUGUGUUUUCGGCUGUAUCAGGAUUGGAGCUAUCUAUGUCGAAAGAGCAGCACCGGUAUGUUCAAGUCCCCGUUGCUUGUGUCAUACUCAUAAUUCUCUUUGCCAUUCAACAUUAUGGGACCCACCGAGUAGGGUUCUUGUUUGCACCAGUUGUGAUUUUAUGGCUUCUGUGCAUCAGUUCCAUUGGUUUGUACAACAUCUUCCAUUGGAAUCCCCAUGUUUAUCAAGCACUCUCUCCAUACUACAUGUACAAAUUUCUAAAGAAGACUCAGAGAGGAGGUUGGAUGUCCUUGGGUGGUAUACUGUUGUGUAUUACAGGCUCAGAAGCAAUGUUUGCUGAUCUUGGGCACUUUUCACAGUUGUCAAUCCAGAUUGCUUUCACCUUUGUGGUUUAUCCAUCAUUGAUUCUAGCAUAUAUGGGCCAAGCUGCGUACCUCUCCAAGCAUCAUGUCAUAGAAAAUGACUAUCGCAUUGGAUUCUAUGAAUCAGUACCUGAGAAACUAAGAUGGCCUGUUUUAGCUAUAGCCAUACUUGCUGCAGUGGUGGGAAGCCAAGCCAUCAUAACUGGAACUUUCUCGAUAAUCAAACAAUGUUCUGCUUUGGGUUGCUUUCCGAGGGUCAAAAUCAUUCACACAUCAUCUAAAAUUCAUGGACAAAUUUACAUUCCAGAGAUAAACUGGACUUUAAUGUUGCUAACCUUGGCUGUUACCAUCGGCUUUAGAGACACAAAAUCCAUGGGCAAUGCAUCAGGUUUGGCUGUUAUAACUGUCAUGCUAGUGACUACCUGCCUUAUGUCCCUAGUCAUAGUCUUGUGCUGGCACAAAAAUAUCUUCCUCGCAAUUUGCUUUAUAUUAUUCUUUGGCUCCAUUGAGGCACUCUACUUCUCAGCAUCCCUUAUAAAGUUUCGCGAAGGGGCUUGGGUUCCCGUUGCUCUUUCAUUCAUCUUCUUAAUGGUUAUGUAUGUUUGGCACUAUGGUACAUUCAAGAAAUAUGAAUUUGAUGUCCAAAAUAAAGUCUCCAUCAACUGGCUUCUCAGUUUAGGUCCUACUCUAGGCAUUGUUCGUGUCCGGGGAAUUGGCCUCAUACAUACUGAGCUUGUUUCGGGGAUCCCAGCUAUUUUCUCUCACUUUGUUACCAACCUCCCAGCUUUCCACCAGGUUGUAGUUUUCCUCUGCAUCAAAUCUGUCCCAGUCCCACAUGUCAAACCUGAUGAAAGGUUCUUAGUGGGACGAGUUGGUCCAAGGGAGUACCGGCUCUAUAGAUGUAUAGCACGCUAUGGUUAUCGUGAUGUUCACAAGGAUGAUAUGGAGUUCGAAAAAGAUCUUAUUUGUAGUAUUGCAGAAUUCAUUCGGUCUGAAAAACCAGAAUGUAGUGUCAAACUGGAAAAAUUGGAAGAUGAAGAGAAAUUGACAGUUGUUGGGACUUCAUCAUCAAAUUUAGAUGGCAUAAGAUUGUCUGUAGAUGGCACAGAUUUCAAGGAAAUAGCAAGCACCUCAGAGUUGAAAGAGAUAAGGCCUGCUACAGAAAAGGUGAGAAAGAGGGUGAGGUUUGUGGUGCCAGAGACUCCACAAAUUGAUAGGGAUGCAGUAGAGGAGUUGCAGGAACUGAUGGAAGCAAGGGAGGCAGGAAUGGCAUUUAUAUUAGGCCACUCAUACGUGAAGGCGAAGAGAGGAUCGAGUUUGAUGAAGAAGCUAGUGAUCAAUUUUGGGUAUGAUUUCUUGAGGAGAAAUUUUAGGGGACCAACUUAUGCUUUAAGCAUUCCUCAUGCAUCUACUCUAGAGGUGGGGAUGGUCUACCAUGUUUAAUUCUGCUUACAUGGUACAGCUUUGCGCUCAAUGUCCUCUUUUGUCUUUCCUAUAUUUUUGAUGUUUCAGUCAUUUUGUAUAUGAUAGAUCAUGGCAUUUCUGUGCUGCCUUUGCACUGUAAAUUCUAGAGCUCUUAAGCAUGGAAGUGCUGAUGGUUCUGAGGUUUGCCUUUGAGAUAGUGUCAGAGUGAUGGUCCUGUUCAUAUCUUCCCAAGUAAAUAGAGGUAACAUCAAUAAGAGAAUUGGGCCAAUUUUUGCUGUAAAAAUAACUUGUUCCAUAAUUUAUUUUUGGCCAGAAUGCAGUGAUCUUUAACUGGUUA